GGAUUCUCGACUUUUACAAACUGAGGUUGUGGAUUGUCAUUUUGUUUCAAAUUCAGUUGGCAAGCAUACUAUAAAUUGCUUUAUAUUUUGUUGUUAUUCAAGCUAGAUUUACUCGUUUCCCGUAGCCUACAGUCAGCAAAGUAUUCGCAUGUUGGCUACCAAGCUUGUUAAUGAACGCUGAGAGAUAAACAUAUUUUUUUCGCACGGGUUGUCUACUUUUUCAUUAGAAUGAAAUGGACUGUGUGACAAGUUCUGUAAAGGAAAAUUCUACUACGUCUAAUACGUCCUAUUGUUGGGGAGAUGGAUAAAAGGUGACUGGUGUUGUUAUUCAGCAAGGAUUUCUUGUCCAUACAGUGAUCUCUGGUUUGGAAAAGGAAUUAUAAUUUUGUGACAAAGAAACGGACCACUAGGAUUCGAAUUGAAGAACUGAAAGGACGAGGAACAGGCGUCUCUGAAUCAACGACAAGUUCAUGUUACCACCAGAGAAUAUUAUUUUGUUUUUAUUAACUUGAGCGAUGCUGCCCUGAUACUUCUCACGAACUUGAUCACAUCGUCAUUCCUCUUGUGCUGAUGUGAAAGGUGUCCGUGCAUAGUGACAAACAUACUUUUUUAAACAAAUAGCAUUCAUGCAUUAUCGUACACACAUUUGCACGUACCUACACUAACAUACAUUCUGACUCGUCCUACCAGUGCACGGGACAAUGGAAACUAUCCAACCUUUUGGAAUUUGUGUAGAAAAACUGCAUUUUCUUAAUAAAUGGAUUAUAACAUGAUAGUUUCAAAACUGGAUAUAAAGAAGUAAAGCGGAAAGAACGAAAAGUCAGACUUCUUGAGGAGCAUGGAAAAGACUAAAAUAAAACAACUGAGUAGAACUGCAAUAUAAUUAGGUUUCAAGGUGAAAACAAUCAUUCAAUAUAUUUUAAAAUACGUCUUAAAAGAAAAAGAAAUACAAUAACUAGGCAUUGAUAGUAGAGUACACAUACUAGCCACAAUUGAAAAGUAACAGCAGGGACAAUUGUAACAACAGAGAACAAAUCCAGCAAUAACAGGAGCAACACGAACUUCAACGUUAUUACCGACACCAACAUCACAAGGAACAACAACACUUUAAAGCCAUCCCUUUUCCACGCCAGGGAUAAAGUGAAUACUCAACGUAACAGCUCCAAUUCUAACUCACACCUCAGCUCUACGUAUACCAGACUAGGUUUGCCAUGACCGAAAUCUUCACCCCUGGGCCCUACGAGUGCGGCUACCACGACCCCACCACAGACUACUACCGGCCACCGGAAGUUCCUUCGGAGAAGCUGGACUUUUACUGCGCUGUAAGAAACAUUUACGGUGUUCUGACGACACUCAUAGCGUCUGCCGGUAUCCUUGGCAACGUGGUGUCGCUCGUGAUUCUGCCAAGGACGGGCGGGGCGAGGAGCGCCAUUAUCCUGCUCUUUGGAUUAGGAGUUUACGAUACGGUCUUCUUAUUUUCCGGCAUCUUCCUUCGGUACCUCCCCUCAAUCUCGGCAGCUGGUCACUCGGCAGUGCUGCUCGCUAACGCCCUGUCCCCCAUCAUGUUUCCCGCCAUCCAGCUGUCCCACUUCGGAGCCGCCUACACGACCAUCGCCAUCUCCAUCGAGCGCUGCAUCGCCGUGACCACGCCCUUCAAGGUUUUCCGCUGGCUUACCACCAAACGCGUCAAG